UACAGAGAUGAUGGGAAAUUCAGAACUGUCUCCUGAAGUGGAUGUAAAUUCUCUGAAUGCUCUUAUUUCACAAAAUGUGGUAGACCAGCUUCUCAGCAAGUAUAUGUCAACACUUACGUCUAACAUAAUUGGCUGGCUACGCAAAGCACUGGAGACAGAUAAAAAAGACUGGAUAAAAGAAACUGAACCAGAAGCAGAUCAAGAUGGGUACUAUCAGACUACGCUCCCAGCUAUUGUUUUUCAGAUGUUUGAGCAGAAUCUUCAGGUGGCUGCUCAGAUAAAUGAAGAUUUGAAAACAAAGGUACUUCUUCUAUGUCUUCAACAAAUGAAUUCAUUUCUAACCAGGUACAAAGAUGAAGCACAGUUGUAUAAAGAAGAACAUCUUAAAAAUCGUCAGUAUCCUCAAUGCUAUGUUCAAUACAUGAUUGCAGUCAUCAACAACUGUCAAACCUUUAAAGAAUCUAUAAUCAGUCUGAAAAGAAAAUACUUGAAAAUUGAAAUGGAAGACACGUUGUCAAUCAGUCAUACAAGCAUGGAUGCAACGUUAGACACCAUUGCCAAAGAAGGAUGCUCUAGCCUGCUAGAUGAAGUCUUCAUGGAUUUAGAGCCACAUCUCAAUGAGCUGAUGACAAAGAAGUGGUUGAUGGGGUCUAAUGCAGUGGGGACUAUCUGUGUCACUGUAGAGGAUUAUUUCAAUGACUUUGCAAAAAUAAAAAAGCCUUAUAAAAAGACAAUGACUGUUGAGGCCCAUCGGAGAGUAGUUGUGGAAUACAUCAGAGCAAUCAUGUUAAAACGUAUAUCUUUCAAGAACGCAGAAGAGAGAAAAGAGGGUGCAGAAAGAAUGAUCAAAGAAGCAGAACAGUUCAGAUUUCUGUUUAAGAAGCUUGCAGCUGGCUCUGGAGAGGAUACUGAAGGACUCUGUGACAUCAUUGAAGCCAUUGCAGAGGUUAUCAAGCUAACUGAUCCUUCACUGCUCUAUCUGGAAGUUUCAACUUUAGUCAGUAAAUACCCAGAUAUCAGGGAUGACCAUAUUGCAGCUUUGCUGACAGUGAGAGGCGAUGCCAGCAGAGAUAUGAAGCAGACUAUCAUUGAGACUUUGGAUCAAGGUCCAAGCCAACCGAAUCCAAACUAUGUGCCAAUUUUUAAAGAAAUUACAGUUCCUACUCUAACUGUGCCAAAACUUCUUAAGUAACGGACAACUCUGCAUCAUUACUGGUCUGGGAUCAACAGGUUUGAAAUAUUUGAGGGCAAAUUUGGCAAUGCUAUUUCGAGUAAAGUUCAAUAUACACUGAUACUUGCUAGGCAUGUUUCUUUCUAAAGACUUGGAGGUGGGAAAAUGUAAUCAGAUUUCUGAAAAGAAGAUGGAUGUGUAGAGGUCAUGCUUGAAGCAUGAAGCUUCUAAUGGCCAGGGGGCUUUUUACUGACCCAUUUGUUACAGCCUUUUUUGCUGUCAGCACAUACAUUUUUCUUGUGGAAUAUGUUUGCACGGUGCACUGCAAUGCCCUAUAAAGAUAUUUAUACCCAAAACAACAGAGCUGUAUUAGUGCUGGAUAUGCUAACAGACAUCACUUACAAUACCUAAGCAGUCUCCUUUAGAACUGUCUUUAUAUGGCACUGCAUU